GUGCCAAGACAGAUGUCAGCCCACAACACCAGUGACAAUAGUCUCCCAGUCUCCCUAUUCCUGACUGGGAUCCCAGGACUGGAGUUUGCCCACCCCUGGAUUGCCAUCCCUUUCUGUGCCAUGUAUCUGGUAGCCAUCCUUGGUAACGUAGCCGUCAUCCUGGUCAUUGGGACAGACAGUGCCCUUCAUGCGCCAAUGUAUCUCUUCCUCUGCCUUCUCUCCUUCACUGACCUGGCCCUUAGCUCUACCACUGUGCCCAAAAUGCUGGCCAUCCUGUGGCUCCAUGCCACUGAGAUUUCCUUUGCUGGAUGCCUGGCACAAAUGUUUUGUGUCCAUUCUAUCUACGCCCUGGAGUCCUCAGUUCUCCUUGCCAUGGCCUUUGAUCGCUACGUGGCUAUCUGCAACCCACUGAGAUACACAACCAUUCUCAACCACACUGUCAUAGGCCGAAUUGUUUCUGUGGGGAUAUUUCGUAGUGUCGCUGUGGUCUCCCCAUUCAUCUUCCUGUUGAGGCGGCUGCCCUACUGUGGCCACCGCAUCAUGGCUCACACCUACUGUGAGCAUAUGGGCAUUGCUCGACUGGCCUGUGCCAACAUCACCGUCAACAUUGUCUAUGGGCUGACCGUGGCCUUGCUGGCCAUGGGUCUGGAUUCCAUCCUCAUCGCCAUCUCCUACAGCUUUAUCCUCCGAGCCGUCUUUCGUCUUCCAUCCCGCGAUGCCCAGCACAAGGCGCUCAGUACCUGCGGCUCCCACCUGGCUGUCAUCCUGGCUUUCUACAUCCCCGCCUUCUUCUCCUUCCUCACCCACCGCUUUGGUCACAAGCGAGUUCCCAAGCACGUGCACAUCUUCCUGGCGAACCUCUACGUACUGGUACCGCCUGUGCUCAAUCCCGUCAUCUACGGGGCGAGAACCAAGGAGAUUCGUAGUCGGCUUCUCAGACUGCUUCACCUGAGGAAAGUCUCCAAAUGA